AUGUCAGCUACCAAGGUCGUUUACAAGAGCGAGAAUGAUCAAGAAUUCUUUGUCUUUACCAAUCCCGGAGAAGUAUCAAAAUGGCGCAAAGAUAAAUCUAUUCCAUUGGUCGAUGUUGUUCAAUCAUUCGAUGUCUUUACCACGCCCACUGGAUCUCAAACCGGUACCGCUGAGAGACCCUCGAAAGGAAUACUAGAGAGCGCUUUUAAUACUUCAAAGAAGGAAGAAGUCGUCCGUCAAAUUGUGGAAGAGGGUGAAGAAAAGAACAUGUAA